CUAAAGGUUAAAUUACGUCGUGGGCGUAGCGGCUCCUUGUAAUGGCGACCGUGCCGUAGAUGUGCCUAGGUUUGUGAAAAUGAAGCGAAGAAGAAGUUAUUUCUUUUAAGUAAAAAAACGCCGAGGUUCCCCGGAGGAGGACUUUGCGUCUAACAACCAUCACCUUUACGAGUGGAAAACUUAGCUGUACUUUUGAACUUUUGUGCCCUUUUUGAAAUGAUGAAGCUCAAGUCGAACCAAACCCGGACGUACGACGGGGAUGGGUACAAGAAGCGGGCCGCCUGUCUGUGCUUCAGGAGCGAGACCGAGGAGGAGGUGCUGCUGGUGAGCAGUAGUCGACAUCCUGACAAGUGGAUUGUACCUGGAGGGGGAAUGGAGCCAGAGGAGGAGCCCAAUGUUGCUGCAGCUCGAGAAGUGUGUGAAGAGGCCGGUGUGAAGGGGACUUUAGGUCGCUUAGUUGGAGUAUUUGAGAACCAAGAGAGGAAACACAGAACCUACGUCUAUGUUCUUAUUGUAACAGAGGUGCUGGAGGACUGGGAGGACUCGGUCAACAUUGGGAGAAAAAGGGAAUGGUUUAAAAUAGACGAUGCCAUACAAGUGUUGCAGUGUCACAAGCCUGUGCAGGCCACCUACUUCGAGGCUCUCCAGGAGAGUUGCCUGACCAGUAACGGAACACCUUUGGUGGCCACGAUAGGUGGGGACCUCUCCCCUACCUACAGCAUCAAUCAGAGCUCCGUCUCGGGUAUCAGAUAACUAAAACCAUAACUCUGACACCCCCAGGAGCUUUCGCCACCACUUGCGCUCUUACUUGUGUCAUGUCAUUUCUCUUCUCUUCUUUCUUUUUUUGUCUCAAUAACAUGGUUUGCCUUGCCAACUCCUUUGUGCCAGAACUGUGGCACAGACUUGAUGACAAGUGUUGGGUGAAUAGUCUGAAACACUUUGUAAAUGUAAAUGUAAUUUUUGACCCCUCUUUUUUUUUUCUUUUUACCGACAACUGCAUGAAAUGUCCCUACGUCCCCUCUCUCCCCUCAUUCUCUUUCCUUAACGCGCCCGUAGCGUGGUGUUUAUUGAAUGCAAGAACUACUUUUUACUGUUGUAAUGUAAAAGUGUAUACUUAGUGCUUAAGCUGAAGGCUUUUGGUGGUCUUUUUAACAUUUUCUCCAUUUUUCUUUAAUUUUUCUGUGAAUGAAUGUGCCCAUUAGUGUAGUCCCGCCCCCUCCCUCCCCCCUCGUGUUAUAAGGAUAGGAAAUGUUGUCUGUAUCUGAAUGAACAGAGUUGUUGGAAGUGACUUGUCUUGCAUGAGCACUGUUUUGUUGUGUCUCACUCGCUCGAGUGACCUGAUGCCGACUGUGCAACAGACUUAUGGUAAGGUCUUUGGAUUCUCUUCAUUUUAGUCCUUAUCGUGGUUUUUGAUGUCUCUUUAAUAAGAAGGAUACGGCCCCUCACUAGUCUAUCAAUUUCAAGUGUCAAGUGUGUUUCUCUCUAAUUUGGGAAGCUAGCCAAGCACUACAAGUUUCACUCUCAAACAGAGAGUAUAUACUGUAAAGAGUGGAAGAAUGUCAACAUACAGUACAAUGUAAAACAAACCACCUUUCUCCUCAGUGUCUUUACCUCCUUUUUAAUCCCUUUUUGUUUUCUUUUUUUAAAUUCUUUCUUGUGACUGAAAAAAGUCUUCCUCCACAUACUGAGAGGGUAGAAAUAGAAGAUUUCAAAAUCAUGGACUUGUAAUUUCAAAAUUCAACACAUAUCACUUAAGUUAUUAAAACCCAUUUCCAUAUUUUACUCCUCACAUUCAGUUUGGUUUAAAGCAAUUGUUUACAUUGUGUUCGUAACAUAGCACAGGUGACUUUAGUGGGCACUUUUCAUUACGGUCAUGAUUUUUUUUUUUUUAUUCUUUUUUUUUUUUAGUAUUUAAUCUGCAUCCCCAAAACACUCAAAACACCUGCUUGACAUUGAAAGUAAUGGAAUCUUUAAUGCUGUCUUUGGCAAGAUGCAGAACAAACAAGCCUUGUACAGUUUGAGACCUCGUUUUUAACAUGUAAAAUGCUUUUGGAUACUAGUUCUUUUUUUUUUUUUUUUCGUUUUUCUCUCUAACGUCUGGCAAAAGUCUCUUUAGCCGAGCUGCGUCACUUGGCCUCAAUGUGGCGUGAAGCAGCUGGCUCAAUACUGUGAAACUGGAGGCGCUGUAGAUAGCAUGUUAGAGGUUUUUAUUGUAAAUUGUUUAUUUCUGUAUAGAUCAAAGGUGAGAGUACAAAUGACAAAACACCUCUUACACAUCUGUGAGUUGUACAUGUCAUUUCAACUGAGGCUGGAAGAACUGAUUGAACUCAUGGCGUUAGCUUUGGAGCUGUUGGGGAUUUUCUCUUGAGAUAGCGUACAGUACAUCUGAGGCUAAAGAACAAGGAAUGUGACUGUGGUUGUAGGUGAGAGUGAAGAGCCUAUUUAUAAUUGAAUAUUCUCAAAAUCCUUACUUCUCUUCUAGACCAAAACAAAUUGGAUUACUGUUUUUUUUCCCCCUCAUCUUUGGCCAGGCUAUAAAACAACUGCAGUCUGAGUUCCCAAACCACUGUUUAGUUUAGAAGUAAAGCAGACCUCAGUGUAUCUUCCCAUAGAAGGUUUCUUUUAUUUAUCUCUCACAAAAACUUGAAUAUGAUACUCUGGUUUUCUGUCUAUAUUUAAACCUGUAAUAAUUUACAGGUUAAUUAAAGAUUAUUUUGGCAGCUGGGGGCAGAAACAAGCUGUAAACACAUGACACAUUAUCACUUUAUUAAGUUCAUAUGGCAAAUAGUUGCCUGUCUACACAUCUGGCUUAUAUGGCGCAGUAUUGGCAUUCAUUAGGCAGUAUGUUUGUGUCCAUCAGUUAAAUGGAAGUCCAAUAUUCACUCUUCCUUUUUCCAUUUUGGCCUCCACCAACUCCUGAGGGAAAUAUCAGGCUACAAGCAACACCUUCCAUACACAAGUAGUUUUGUGCACCACUGUGGAUUCAUUGUAGCAGCUUUAAAGCUUAAGUACAUUUUAUUGAUGGUAAACUUUGAGCACCUUGUCAUUUUGAUAAAGAGAAAUCAAUGAUUACCUUGCAAGCAUUCAAUUGAUCAAGCAUCAAUAGCUAAGACUCGUGGGAGCUGUAGUUUUCAAAUCCUAAAAAAAAAAAAGGGGGGGGGGGAUUGUUUAUAUCUUGGUUGAAAUUAUGAGGUGCCUAUAUUUAACUUUGGAGUAUGAACAGAAAACUCCAGUCUCAUGAUUCAGCAGUCCAGAAACUGAUGGGGAGGGAAGCCCUCAUGGGAAAUUACAUUGAGAACUGAAAGCUAGUGGAUCAAAAGCUAACCUAGAAAGGGAGCAGGGAGGCUCUCUACAGGGACAGCAGUGGUUGUCAGGUAGAGCUGGUUGUCUUUAUUCAUGGUCUUUUCUCCCGUUAACUGUCUGAAGGGGGGGGGGAUCUGCCAGCAAAUCAAUGACUCAAUGACAGACUCCUAAUAUUGGCCUCUUUAUAACCCCUAAAUGAAAAUGUUUUUUUCUAAAGGACUGUAUGUAUUAAAGGAGUCUAAAGUCUCCUUCGCAACGGUUUGAGACUAUAAACGGACUUUAUUGCUGAGUAUCAGAACAGUGUGGUGGCCAAAGUCUCACUUUACGAUGCCCUACUCGGCACUUCAUUUGAGAUUUCGUGUUGAUUAGACCUUUUUAGUCUUAAUUGAAAUGUGCAAUUGGAUGUUAAGGGGAUGAACUUGUAUACGGCUUAAAGAAAAAAAAAUUAUCCAAAACCUAUUCCUGAGUAAUUGCCGAUGAUUUAAUUCGCUCUUGGUGGUUUGAUGCGGGUGACAGGUACUGUCAAAAUGAAUGUGAGGAGGAUUUCCACAAGUAACAGCCAGUGACUUAAUUAUUAAUGACCACUUGUUCUUUCUCCAUAUUUUUUUCUGUUUGUUCUUUAAUCUGUUGUGUUAUUGACAAGCUAAUGUCAUGUAUAUAGCUAACACAGCACCCUUACAGCCAGAGGAUGUACUUUGGCUUUGGUCAAUAAGGAGUAGUGUCCGUUGGUUUUAAAGAAUUCCCUUUCGAACUCAGAAUUGAGCCGGUUCCUGUCAUACGUUCAGGCUGGAGUUCAGGAGGGAAUAUCUGAAGUAAAUGUCUCCAUAUAAGCACAUUGGAGUUAUGAUGGAGCAAACGCAUCUACUCCCUUUUCUCACUGGAGAUUUCUGCUAUCACAUUUGGCCCGUUUGACAUUGAAGCCUCUGAACUUGGCAAAACCAGGAUGAAUCAUAGAGAGCUUAGAGAAAAUUAGAGCUUCACAUGAAGUCACUUCCUUUUUAAUUUACCAAAGGUGAUGGUUUAAAUAUAUUGCGCCAUCUUGUGGCCAAAACAAAAACAUAAAAAGCACAUCACAGCUGAGGAUUGUAGCAUUCAGUUUCUUUUGGCAUGAUGGUCAGGUGGCCGUUUUCACGACUGAAUGACUUUAAAUGAUUAGAAAACAAUUAUAAAUUGAUUUGGACAGCUGUUUAAAGACGACCCCAAACACUUGCAGUUGAAUAAGAAAAAUAAACGUGCACUUCUAGCCAUUGACCUCAGCCUUGAAGUUACAUACUCUUAAUUGUGUUCUCCGAGGUAUACGCGUCACUGGAAUUUUUCUUUUCCUCUCUUUUGUCAUUUGGGACUGUGGAAUAAAACCAGUGCGAGAAGACUGAAGAUUGUAAUAUAAAUGUGCCAACAAAUAAACACCAGUAUUUCACAUUCA